CCCGCAUUUUCUAAACCACUGUCCUACUCCUCCUCCUCUUGUUUCUUCUGCGUAGCGCCGGCCCUUCUAUAAAUAACCCCCGCUACUCCCCAUAUUAUCACUUCGCGCACCUCCACCACGGCCACCGUGACCGCCGCAGUGAAACUCCUCAUUAGCUUCUUCUUCUUCUUCCUCCACGGUUUCCCAGAUCUUGCAUGGCAGUGAGCUUGUUGGCGCAUGAGGUAUCUGACCUCUGUCUCGGCAAGCCGGCGUUGAGGUCCCUCCCCCUCGCCGCCACCGUCGCCGACGCCCUCUCUGCUCUGAAGCUCUCCGACGACAACUACGUCAGUGUAUGGAGCUGUGACCACUCCUCCUCCGCACCGACCAACGACGAGGAGGACUGCCGCUGCGUUGGGAAGAUCUGCAUGGUGGAUAUGAUAUGUUACCUCUGCAGAGAAGAAAACCUGUGUUCCCCUGCUGCUGCGCUCAAGGCUCCCGUCUCUGUCAUCUUGCCCAAGAUUCCAAAACUCGUGGUGCAUGUGGAGCCUUAUUCUAGCUUGCUAGAUGCUAUUGAUCUGAUUCUCCAAGGUGCUCAAAACCUGGUGGUUCCGAUUCAGAGGAAUCCCAUUGGCAAUUCAAGAAGAAAACUGCUCCAAAAAUCUCAGGUCGCUGGACCUACAUUUCACAACGGCCGUGAAUUUUGCUGGCUCACUCAAGAAGACGUGAUCAGAUUCCUGCUGAGCUCAAUCGGCCUCUUCUCCCCCUUGCCUGCAUUAUCAAUUCACGCGCUCGGCAUCAUAAGCUGCGACGUUCUUUCGGUCAAUUACCACUCCCCUGCUUCCUCUGCCAUCCAUCUCAUCUCCCGCUCCCUCGCCGAGCAGACCUCCGUCGCCGUCACGGACGACGACGGCUACCUCGUCGGCGAGAUAUCGCCGUUCACCCUCGCCUGCUGCGACGAGACCGUCUCCUGCGCCGUCGCCACGCUCUCCGCAGGCGAUCUCAUGGCCUACAUAGACUGCGGUGGCCCGCCGGAGGACAUCGUCCGGGCGGUGAAGCGGAGGCUGAAGGAGAUGAAUCUGGAAGGGAUGUUGGAAGAAUUCGCGAUUUCUUCGCUGCCCAUUUCCUCGUUUUCGUCCUCCUCGUCAGACGAGGAGAGUUCGCCCCUGCCGUCGCCUAGGCCGGCGGCAUCCAUGCCAAGAUCGGGAAGGUACGGGCGGUCGGGGAGCUAUUCGGCAAGGAUGGUGCGGCGAGCGGAGGCGAUCGUGUGCCAUCCGGGGAGCUCCCUGGUGGCGGUGAUGGUUCAGGCGAUCGCGCAUCGAGUGAAUUACGUGUGGGUGGUGGAAGAUGAGUGCAGCUUAGCCGGAAUCGUCACCUUCUCCGACAUGCUGAAAGUUUUCCGGGAGCAUUUGGCAGCGAUGGAAUAGGAAGAUAGAAUAGUCAGUCCUGAGCUGCAGUCCAAUUUUUCUGUUUAAUUUAUUUUUCGAAAGAGGAAUUUACUUUUUAGCCCUUACGAUAAGAACAUGGGCUCGGAAAGAAAAAGGGUAAAAGUGUACUGCAAGGUGAAAUAUUUCUGGAUGUGGAUGGUUUGUGUCAAUCAAGACAUGCUUGUCUUCUAAA